GGGGAGCACUAGCUCAGGUGCCGCCUAUGCUCCACCAUCUUCAGGGGCUCGUCGACGAAGGCGGGGAGAUCGUCGAUGAGCUUGUCAGCAACCAGCGUGGCAAGGUGAAGUCCACCGACAAAAACACUCGUUACUUGUUGAAGAAUGUCAGGGGACUAGCUAGGUGUGCAGAGGGGGGUGAGGAGCAUGUGCAGAGUGGAUCUGAUGCUGAGGAUCCUUUGUCUGAGGCCGUGCCACCACCUCUACCGGGAAGGUCUGCUCCACGGCUAGCUGUUCAGACUCCUGCCACGGACGGUAAGGAUGGGGAGGAGGGUGACGAGGUCCCUGGCGAAACGCAGAUCACUGUCAAGCCUGUCGUGGCAGAGCAGACCACAAUCAAGAAGUUGAUCGACAAUCAAGCUCAGAAGGAGUUGGACAUUGCCUGGGCGGAGGCAAUGUUCAGGGCGGGCAUUCCUUUCAACUUCCUAAACUUCGACACCACGCAAGCUUUGCACGAAACAUACCUGAAGGUUGCAAGUGCAAGGCCAAAGGUCAAGUUGCCUUCCUACAAACACAUGCGGACUGUCAUGGUUGAUUACAUCUACCUGAAGGUGCAGAAAGCAAUCAACACCAUGACUGCAUGUUGGGAGACAACCGACUGCACAUUCAUCACCGUCGGGUCCACAGAUCGCAAGAAUCGGCCGGUGAUGAAUUUCCUUCCAGCGGGGGAGAAAGGAGCAGUUCUGGUCACGACAGUGUUCAUGACGGGGAGGAAGAAGAACGCAGCAGCAUUGGCAAAGUUGUGGGAGCAGGUGAUGCGUGAGAUAGGGCUUCAGCGGAUCAACGCGAUAUGUACAGACAAUGCAGAGGUCAACAAGAAGGCGGCUCAGAUCUUAGAGAGGUGGACCGACAAAGAUGUCGCGAAGAUAUCAUGGGUGCCAUGUGGAGCGCACUGUUGCGGUUUGUUGCUGAAGGACUUGAGCAAUUUGCAAUGGGUGAAGAAGGCAAACACGAUUGUCAAAUUCAUAAGGAACCACCACUCUACGCACGGCCUCAUGAUGACUAUCGACGACUCCUUGUCAUUGCUGCGCCCAACAGAGGUCCGGUUCGGGUCUGUGUAUCAGAUGCUGGGUAGGUUGGUGAACAGGGAGCACGUGCUGAACGAUAUGGUGGAUGAGAAUUAUGGUGCGAGAUGGAGGGCACUGAGGUGGUCCUCAGCAAAGCUGCAAAAGAAGACCGACCUCGUCUAUUACUCAUUGAGGUGUGAGAGUUGGUGGGAUAAGGUGAAAAAAAUUGUGGCCAUCAUGGAGCCGAUGUUCAGUCUGCUCAAGAGAAUGGACAAGGAAGGAGUGUCUCCCACCAACCUUGUGGAGUAUGACGAUCUCAUUGCAAGGAGAUUGACAAAUGUCGUACUCACGAAGAAGGAGCGCGAAGACGUGAUGGCGAAGGUGAAGGACCGCGUGCAGAUGAUGCGGCAACCGGCACAUGCAGCUGCCUUUCUUUUGGAUCCACAAAGGAGACAGCCUGGCUGGCUCAACGAUCCAGACAGUGCACUCACGAUCGCCAUCAGAGUGCUGGGAAUGUGGAGCACAGCAACAUCUGCGGAGCGGAACUGGGCAUCGAUAGACUUUGUCCACUCAAAGAGGAGGAACAACCUCUCACCGGCGUCCUUGGAGAAACUUGUGUACAUUCAUUGGAACAUGCAGUUGCUUUGUGUUCGAACAAACAAGGACAAUGGCUACGUGGAUGUAUGGGGGUCCUUCUUCGAGCCAUUGAUGAAGCCGACAGAGGAGGACCAAUCUCUCGACGAUGGCACAACAGAGAAGACGGUGGACGAAGGGGAGGAGGAAAAGAGGCAAAAGAGGCUGAAGAAGGCUCCGAAAGGACGGAUUCCCCGCGACCUGUUGGAUGAAGACUCGAGCGGGAGCAGCGAGCUUGAGGAUCUGAUAUGGAAGGGGAAAUGUUGGAAUGAGUCUACUUCGGAAGAGAGCAACGGCGAGGCUGAUAUUGGUGAGGACUCCGACUUCGAGUUGGGGGCUGUGCCAACGGUGCCAGCGACUGCUUAUGUCGGUCGGAUGCGCGGGAGGCGAGAGAAGGAGGCAGAGGUGCAGCCUUCAGAACCCGUAGAGAGAGUUGACACGGACAUCGAGUUCUUGAUGCACCGUGUCCCUGAUGGUGACCGUGAUGCGGACGAGGACGAAGCAGAUCGGGGAAAGGCUAUGGCGGAUAGAGAUGCUGCCCUUGUUCAGAUGCGGAUGCUUGAGGACGAGGCUCGGCAUUGAGAAUCAAAGAGCCGCAUCGAG